ACUUAAUUUGAAGAGAUCAUGAAAUAUACAAAUCAAGGCAUCAUACUUCUAGGAAAAGAGCCAGUACUCCCAGACAAAUAAUUGGCCUGCAGAAUCUGAAAAUGAAAUGGUUAGAAAACAAAAAUCAUCCAAAUAUUAAAUUAUAAUUAUCCCCUCAAUUAUUAAACUUACACUUGUACUUAAAAGUUGAUGUGUAAAUUGGUUUAUGCGACCCAAAAAACAAGUUAAGAUAUUAUAUAUCCCUAGCUACCUGAAUGUGUCUGCAAAACUCUUCCACAAUGGUGUCAUUUCUUCACUUGCUCCUAGCUCUUCCACUCCUGAUAUUCUUCACUCUCCUGUUAAAGAAAUCCAUCAAGAAGAAACUUCCACUUCCACCUGGUCCAAGAGGCAUUCCUAUCAUUGGUAACCUUCAUCAACUUGACAGUUCAAAUCUCCAUUUUCAACUGUGGAACUUCUCAAAGAUCUAUGGUCCAAUUUUUUCCCUUCGAAUGGGGUUCAAGCGAGCCAUCAUUAUUUCCACACCUAAACUGGCUCAAGAGAUCCUUAAUGACCAUGAUCUUGAUGUUUGCACCAGACCUAUGACACUUAGCCAGAAAAUGUUUUCUUACAAUGGGAUAGACAUGAAUUUUUCCCCACAGUGGAAAGAAAUGAGAAAAAUUGCUGCCAUCCAUUUCUUCAGUGCUAAAAAGGUCUCUAGCUUUUCCCAUGUAAGAAAAUCUGAAGUCAAGAAAAUGAUUCAAAAGAUAUCUGGGCACGUUUCUUCUUCCAAAAUCACAAACUUGAGUGAGAUCAUAAUGUCGGUCGCCACUGCUAUAAAUUGUAGGAUUCUUUUUGGGAGAACGUAUGAGGAGGAUGGAGCUGAAAAAAGCAGGUUCCAUGGCAUUCUUAAUGAAGGACAGGCCUUGUUUCUUACAUUCUUCAUUUCAGAUUAUAUCCCUUUCUUGGGAUGGAUCGAUAAAAUCACAGGCUCGCUCGCUCGUCUUGAAAGCACUUUCAACUCAUUCGAUGUGUUUUUCCAACAAGUCCUUAAUGACCACCAAAAUCCAAAUAGGCAGAAAGAUGCCGAUGAGGGUGAUGUAAUUGAUGCCUUACUCCAGCUAAAGAAGCAGGGCUGUCCCUUGAUAGAUCUCACCGAUGAUCAAAUCAAAGCUAUCUUAAUGGACUUACUUAUGGGAUCAAUCGACACAAGCGUAGCCUCAUCAGUUUGGGUGAUGACCGGAUUAAUAAAGAAUCCAAGAGCAAUGAAGAAAGCCCAAGAAGAAGUUAGAAAUCUCUGUGGCAACAAAGAGUUCAUUGAUGAAGAUGAUAUUCAAAAACUUGAAUAUUUCAAGGCAGUGAUAAAAGAGGCUCUCAGAUUUUAUUCACCGGCACCACUACUACCAAGGGAAGUCAAUAAAAGUUUCAUUAUAGAUGGGUAUGAAAUACAAUCAAAGACAUUGGUGUUUGUGAAUCUUUGGGCCAUCCAUAGGUAUCAUGAGGCUUGGAAAGACCCAGAAGAGUUCUAUCCUGAAAGAUUUUUAGACAACAAUAUAGAUUUUAAGGGGCGAGAUUUUGAGUUGAUUCCAUUCGGUGCUGGCCGUAGAAUUUGCCCCGGCAUACAAAUGGGAAUCGCCACAGUUGAGGUCAUAAUUGCAAAUCUUCUAAACUCGUUUGAUUGGGAAAUGCCUAUUGGGAUGAUACGGGAAAACAUAGAUGAUGAAGGGCUACCGGGACUUGCCCGACACAAGAAGAACCACCUCUGUCUUGUUGCCAAGAAUUAUAUGUGAACUAGCACUCAUAUAAUUAUGCAAUUUUAGUUUGGCCUACUAUCAUGAUUAUGAAUUUGCUAAAUGUAUUGCCUAUCCGUCUGUGUAUAGUCCAUUUAUAUUUUAUAAUUUAGAAUAAUCCAUGUCAA